UUAAAAUGGCUGCCUAGGGGACAUGUAGUGCACUACUCAGCCAGGAGAACCCGUUAUAUUCCUACUGUAUGUAGUGCUUUUAUGUAGGGAAUAAGGAGCCGUUAGACAUUCCGCCAACAAUAAUACCGCCACCGACAUUUUGGGAGUCAGAUUAUAAAUAUCCUCACCCUAAGCGUUCGCCUUUUUGUUGGGUUUAAUAUGGUUCACACGUGUGUGGUGGCAGGAUGUCGGAACAGGAGGACUCCCGGUACUGCGUUAUCCUUCUACAGGUUUCCGCGCGAUCCAGAGAGAAAGCAGCGCUGGAUCGCUGCUGUGAAUCGUAAGGGCUGGGUGCCAAACGAGGGCAGCAGACUCUGCAGUAACCACUUCAUUUCAGGUAGUAUAGUGAACGAAAGCUAUCUAACACACAGGUUCCCAACCCUGGUCCUGGAGGAGUCUACCUAUUACAUUGCAGACAUCUUAUCCAGAGCGGCCUGGGGAGCAGUUAGGGGUCAGGUGCCUGCUGAUCCUGGGAAUCAAACCAGCAACCUUUUGGUCCCAAAGCUGCUUCUCUAACCAUUAGGCUUCCCCAGUCCCCUGUCCUGCACAAUCUAGUGUUUUCCCUUCUCAAUCACACCCAUUUAAAUUCAGAAAAGCCUGUUUAUCUCAUCUCAUUAUCUGUAGCCGCUUUAUCCUGUUCUACAGGGUCGCAGGCAAGCUGGAGCCUAUCCCAGCUGACUACGGGCGAAAGGCGGGGUACACCCUGGACAAGUCGCCAGGUCAUCACAGGGCCGACACAGACAACCCUUCACACUCACAUUCACACCUACGGUCAAUUUAGAGUCACCAGUUAACCUAACCUGCAUGUCUUUGGACUGUGGGGGAAACCGGAGCACCUGGAGGAAACCCACGCGGACACGGGGAGAACAUGCAAACUCCAGUCCACACAGAAAGGCCCUUGCCGGCCACGGGGCUCGAACCCGGACCUUCUUGCUGUGAGGCAACAGUGCUAACCACUACACCACCGUGCGGCCCGCCUGUUUAGCUGAUUAGUUAAAUCAGGUGUGUGCUGGGAAAACACUAAAAUGUGCAGGGCAGGGGGUUCUCCAGGACCAGGGUUGGGAACCUGUGGUCUAACAUGUGCUCAGUCCACCAGUGAUCAGUCAUCCGUCAUUUCAUAACUGAUCAUGUGUAAGCAAGUGAAGAAUCCGAGAUCUCCAGAUUAUGUUCCUUCAGUUUUCACCUCUGCUACAGUAUCCCAAAACAUUAAAGAAGCAAAUGCGUUCGAGCUAUGUGACAAACAAGAAGCACAAGUUGAGGCGGCAAAUGCUUUACUUUUUCUACAAGGUCAGGGACGUUUGAAUGAAGGCCAUAUUCAUAAUCAAUGUCAAGGUGAGCCUGAAAGCACACCCUCUUUUCUGAACAGUGAUGAUGAAAGAAAAGACGGUGAAAGGACGGAGGAACUUGUAUCAGAAAGUGAAAAUGAGAGCGAAGAAGAAGAGCCACCCAGAAACAGUUUCACAAACUCUGUCAUUUACGAGGCCAAAGUAAAUGCUCUCAAGAAAGAGAAUAUGAAACUGAAGGAGUCCUUAGAGAAGAUGUCUCUUACUGAAGCCUCUUUUAAGAACGAUCCUGAAAAGGUUCAGUUCUACACAGGAUUACCAAACUAUUUUGUCUUUGAGACAGUAAUGUGGCUUCUUGUGCCACAUAUGAAAGGGGACAACAGUGCAAAGCUUUCAAAGUUCCAACAAUUACUUUUGACUUUAAUGAGACUCAGGCUUGAUCUUAGGAAUCAGGACUUGGCUUACCGUUUUGGAGUUAAAGUUUCCACAGUAACCAGGACUGUUCAUCGAAUCAUCAACAUAAUGUUUACCACACUGGUACCCACUGCUAUAUUCUGGCCAUCUAGAGUAGAACUCCGGAAAAACUUGCCAGAAGCUGUGAAACGUCCGCAUCCAGAUUGCGCUGUGAUUAUAGACUGCUUUACAGUAUCCCUUGAAAAAGCAGUCAGUAUAGAAACACAUUUUCAAUAUGCAAGAGCAACAAGAGAGGUGACCACUCCAUCAUCACAGUCUGUUUUUAUCAGUGAGCUCAAAUACGUGGUUGGUGUUGCCCCCCAAGGUGCGGUCAUGUUCGUCUCCAGAGGAGCACCUGGCAACAUUAGUGAUAAGACUCUGUUCGAGAGUUGUGGUCUCCUUCAUAAGCUCCUGCCUGGAGAUGUGGUUCUGGCUGAGCAUGAUUUUGACAUUAAGGACUUGGUUGGAGCUCAAAGAGCUGAGCUCACGAUCACUAGUAGUGAAUUUCACGAGAUUGACCAGAGUAACCAGGACACAAGAGACAAGGCUUCACUGGCUGCUACAGAAAGAAUUAAUGUGUAUAGGCAUGUAGAGCGGGUGAUACAGAUGGUCAAAAAGAGAUAUUCUAUGCUGACUGGACCAGUAGAGAGCGCUUUUACAGUCCUAGAUCGUAGCACCAAUGUGACCACUUUUGACAAGAUGGUACAGGUUGCAUGUGCCUUAAAUAACCUGUGUAUUUCUGCAGUUCCACUUGAUUGAAUAUGGAAAAUAUCAGGAAAAUAUUCAAAAUCCUAGAAUAUGGAAACUAUCAGGAGGAUACACAAGGGAUCACAAUUCAUAGGCUUUGUAUCUGUAUGGUAACACAGCCAUUUCAAUACUGUAGUUUCAGUUCAUGCCGAGGCUCUAGUUUUAUCAUGCCACAUUAGUACGAGAGGAUGAAUGAUACACAUUGCAUGCUAACUUUUCAUCAAUCUAAACCACUAUGAAUCUUUAGCAUCUGGUAUUUGGAGCACAGUGAAAAUAUGCAUUCUCUAAGUACACCUUGUCCUAUAGUUUCUGGCAACAAAGUGCACCUGAGAUUAAAUCCAGCCACUGAAUAUAUUUGCAAUCCUUUGUUAUUUAUUUGUGAAAUAUAUGCAACUCAUGUCUAGCACUUUACAAGGAUUUUUUAGCACUGUUUUAAUCAUCCCAAGAACCAUACUGUUUAAUUCCACUCCCUUAAGUAUAAUCCUGAACAAGUAUAAGCCUUGCAAGUGGGGUUUGUCAGUAUCAGUGACAAAAUCAUGCUGAUGAGAUGCUAACAUUCAGACAGCUCCUUUUAUUGAAUAAGCGUCUCGCCAUGUCUCUAGAGUAGGCGAGGAAGGAGAUCUGUUCUCACUAGUUCCUGAGCCCAGUGGGUCUCUGGGGUCUGGUUUGUUUAAGGCGAGUUUAUACUUCUGUGCUGAGGCAACUGUGGAGCUGCAUCUAAUCCUGUCCAUUUAAACACUAUAGAUUUAUUAUUUUUGUUCCUCAUUCCUGAGAGCGUGUAUUCAUAGCCUAGUAUUUUGUUCCUAUUCACAUAUUUGUACACCUUUUUUCAGUGUUUGUACAUGUUAUAUUACAGGCCUCCAUUUAAACCAGCCUUAGCUGAAUCGGACUGUCUGUUUAAAUCUUGCUGAUAAGAAAGACAGAGCGCAGUGGGACAUUAGCUUCGAGCUGCUCAUACUGCUGAACACAGGCGAUUUAAAAACACUUCAAAAAUGCUUUCAGUCAGAAUUCACUUGGUUUAUACAGUGGUAUGCAAAAGUUUGGGCACCCCGGUCAAAAUUGCUGCUACUGUGAACAGUUAAGCAAGUUGAAAUGAUCUCCAAAAGGCAUAAAGUUAAAGAUGACU